UUUCACUUUUGAGAUUUCUCCUUAAAGUGAGCAUGGAUGCUGUAAGGUUUGCAACUGUGCUGUUGGUCAUGCUGACACAGUCUCUUGGUGCACUGGGAAGUCCGCUCAGCAGCCAGGAGGAGGGAAGGGAGGUGUGGACCCUGGAAAACUGGCAGGACUUCCCACUAGAAAGGGGAAUAACCAUUCGUCUGGCAGACCUCAUCAAACGCUCUAAAGCACAGCAGUUCCAUGGCCUAAUGGGAAGGAGUUUGGGGGUAGCACAUCCGAUGAGACUGGAGAGGAAAAGGAAUAAAGGUGACAUGUUUGUGGGACUCAUGGGACGAAGGAGUUUAGACGAAGAUAUCCAAGAGGAGUGGAAAUCCUAUUCGUACUAAAGAUACAAACAAGGAUAUGUACAGCAUACUAUGAAAUCACUUUCAGAAAUCCUGUGAUUUAUCAUUUUAACUGGCUGUCUCAGUCAAACUGCUGUUAUGUUGUCAAUCAACAGAACAUUGAUAAAAAGAUCGAUGACUAAAGGCACACUGCAUUAUAUGUAUUGUAUACGUUUGAAUUUUUUUUCAGUCCUGCUGGAUUAAAGG